GGAGCUCAGUUAAAAUAGCCCAAAGCAAUAAAAAGGCAGGAACGGCUCGCGCUGAUAAUCAAUAGGCCAAUAUCAUACGAGAGUAGUGAAGAGAAGCAGGUGAACUAAGGUAAGGAGCGGUGAAGGGAAAUAAAAUUAUCUAGGACCCUGAUAGAAUGUACAGACACACAAAGAAGAUCCUAUUGUGUAUGUUAGUGGGAUUUACUUUUACCUUCUUACUGUGGUUUCCAAGGACUCGGAAAAAGUCGCUGAUCAUAGUUCAGUGCACCUUUUGUGAUGGCGAACUCAGCACCGAUACAAUCACAGCGCUGGAGGACAACCGGACCUUCAUCAUAUCACCGUACUAUGAUAACAGAGAUAACAAUAAGCCUAUGGUGCGGAUCCUCAGCAUUAUCCACCAUGAUGACGUAAAGGAGCUAUACUGCUAUUUCUGCUGCUCUACAGACAAAUGUGCGAUUUCCAAGGCGCUCAUAGAUAUGCAUAGUGACCGAUUCGGCUUUCCAUACGUCACAACGGACCUUUUAUGUGAGGAGCCUCCAGAUUGCCAAGCUGAGUAUGUAUCUGUCCACACGUCUUCUUCCAUUGAAAUGACACAAUUACUCCGAUUCCGAAUACAAAACCGAGACGUGAAACCAUUUUCUGCCAAUUUCACGGUCUGCAUUUCCACCAUGUUUGGGAAUUACAGCAAUGUCCUACAAUUCAUUCAGACCAUGGAGAUGUACCAAAUCCUGGGGGCACAAAGGGUUAUGAUCUACCUCAACAGUGUCAGCCCACAAGUGGUGAAAGCCAUGCAGUAUUAUAUUUCGAGAGGAAUCCUAGAGCUGGUAGAUUGGCCGAUCCAGCGUUACCUCCGGCCUGGCACAGCAUGGCACUAUUCUUUAGAUCCCAAAGACAUAGGUUAUUAUGGCCAGUUGGCAACACUCAAUGACUGUAUUUAUAGGAACAUGUACAGGACUAAGUAUGUACUUCUCAAUGAUAUUGAUGAGAUUAUUUUACCAUUCUCACACAUGUCUUGGGGCGCCAUGAUGGAAAGCCUUCAACAACAGAAUCCAAACAUUGGGGUUUUCCUUGUUGAGAAUCAUAUUUUUCCUCAGACGAUGUCCACUGAUGGAAAUUUCUCUGAUAUUUCUUCAUGGAAAAAUGUCCCAGGACAUAACCUUCUCCGGUACGUCCAUCGCGAACCAGAUAGAAAAGAUUAUUUCAACGCUCGGAAGAUGAUUGUGGAUCCCAGGAAGGUCAUCCAAACAUCUGUCCACUCCGUUUUGAAAGGUUAUGGGAAUGAUGUGAAGGUCUCACUACAAACUGUUUUGGUUUAUCACUGCAGAGGACCUCUUCAGAAGGAUUUACCGAAGACUUCACUAAUAGAAGACAAGACUAUCUGGAGACAUAAUGCCUCUCUUAUCAGGAAUGUUAAUAAAGUUCUGGGGAAAAUAUCUUUCCUGUGAUGAAGUCCGCACGCGUGUUGUCUUUUGUAGAGGAGUAUUGACGAUUAUCCUAGAUAUUGAAAGCUAUGGAUGGUGUAGAAGAUAUGUCAUCUAAUACUGGGCCUAAAAAUUGAGUUUAUAGGAAGUAAACAGUAAAG